GGGCGCGAUGCUUGGGUGGCGGCCUGCAGGUGAGGACGGCGUCCGUGCUCGGUGGGGUUGAUCUGAGCCGGGAGGGGCGGGGAAAGCAGAGGGUAGCGAUUGCCCCCUCCCCUGACUCUGGAAGUCACCCCCGCAGCUCCCCUUGAUUUUUUUCCCAGGUGACACGGGAUAACCGAGUCCCCUCCAGCGUUAACGGGCGAAGCGUGCCUUUCCCGUCUACCCACCGGCCCCAGGAUGGAAAGCCACCGGUCUCUGUUGGAACUGGGCCUGCUGUGCCAGGCAGCGUUAGGGAGCGACCUCAGCGCCUCCCAGGAGGACGAGGACCUCGGAGACCUCUCGCGGGAGGCGGCCGCGCUGCGGGCCAGGCUGCGUGCGGUGCUCAGUCAUACAUCUGGUAACAAAAGGCAAUCCCGUUCUUUGAUUGACCUCACCUCGGACAGUACCUGGGAUCAACAAAAACCUCACUUGUUUCCUAAACCCCGCUUGAGGCCAAAAAGUGCUUCAUCUCCCUGGAUUCCUUCCAUCACUAUCCCUCAGCCCUUCAAAAUGACACUGCGGGAAGCUCGCAAAAAAUCCCAGCUGAUGAAGUCUAACAUGUUUCUUGAACUAGACAAACUGAAAAACAAAAGGCAAAGCCAGGAUGAAGCUGAAUGUCAGAAACAGUUCCGGGCACAGCCUGUACCUGCCCAUGUGUUUCUUCCCCUUUAUCAUGAAAUAAUGGAACAGAAUGAGGUUCGCAGGCAAAUAGCAACACAGAAAAGAAAGGAGCUGCUACUUUCCACUCAGAGACCCUUCAGUUUCCUGGAAAAGGAGGAGAAAAAGAAAGAAGCUAUCAGACAAAAGUUCCUAGCAGCAGCAACCCCAAAUGAGAGCUCCAAACUGAAGAAAGUCAAUAGAAAAGUUCCUAGAUCAACUAAUGACACACUUCUUGGAGAUAAACUCAAAGAAGCUGAACUCUACAGAGAAAUCCGCAUUCAGAUGAGAGCCAAGGAUUUGCUUGAGAGCUCUGUAGCUCCAAUAGAUACUAGCAACUGUCGGAGGGAUCCUCAGUCCCGAACUGCCACUAAAACUAAGCAGGAAAGACUUGGCUUCUUGCAGGAUAGAAGCUUCAGCUUCAAGCCAAGGAUUAAUCCAACAGUACCAGAUUUUGAAGAACUUUAUUGGGCAUUUCAGAGGGAAGCAGUAAGAAGACAAGAAAUCAAAGAGGCAACUCGAAUUAAGCCAUUCAAAUUACGAACCUCCAAUCUCCGUGGCAGGCAGAGAGAAGCUAAUGAAAAGAUAAAGGAUUCUCAGCAGCUUUCCAAGGUUUCCGUGCAAAAAAGUCACUCUUUGACCGCACUUUCCUCUCUCUCUUCCAAUACCCUUCCAGUGCAUAUUACAGAUGCAACAAGAAAAAGGGAAGCUGCUAUUAGAUACUCCCAAGAGAGCAAAAAGGAAGGAGACAAAGAAGGAAUUUAUUGGCUAGAGAAACAGAAAAAGAAAUGUCAAGCUAUUCGCAAGUCAGUGAACAGCCGAGCAAAAGCCCUGGAUCCACAUAAAAGUCUGGAUGAAACACACAAGGAGAAGUUGAAACAGAACCGGCAAAAUAUGAGAGAAAGAACAAAGGAGUACAGAAAGGAGCUGGAAGAAAUGCAGCUGCGAGUCAAGAACAGACCAUACCUCUUUGAACAAGUCUCCAAGGUAACUGGUCAAAGUUCCAAGUGUCUCUGGGUGACAGGAUACAUUGUCUUUGAUUUAGGACAGGCACUAAGAAAUCAUCUUAAGUCAUUCACAGUUAGAAAGGUGCCAAUGCUUGUAGAGUCUGUGGACUACACAUGGGACAGCCACACAGAUGUUAUGAAAAUCCCUUUCCACGACUUAAAAAACACUGGUACUUACUUGAUUAUAGAACUUUCCAACCCCUAGUAUAUAUUGCAAUCAAAAUAUAUAGUCUGAUCAAAAUUAAGGCCUUUUCACACCAGAAAUUAUAUGACUUUCCAUUCUGCAUCUGAAUACCAUGGUCUACAGUCUAGAAAUUUCCAUUUUUAAAGCAUCCUCUCUGGUAGAAUCACUUCUAUCAUCUGCAAGCUUGGCUGGCUGUUCAGCACAUAUCACCAUCACACAGGAAAAUCUCCAAAUCUAUAUUGCAGGUGAACUAUAGUUAAAGACUUUAAUUUCUAUGAAUUACAUUUCCCAGGGUUUCCUCUUUCAGUUCUUUCUCCUUGCAGAGUUGACAGAUUAAAAAGAGACAUAUUGACAAUGUAUAGCUAUAUGCUGAUUUUAGUGUCUUCAGUAGAAUUAUCCUCUUGGUUCAAACUUUCUGUUCAGGUGAGUGAUUAAUGGAGACAGAGAACACGUUUGUAUGAUAAAUUUUGGUAACAUUUCUUUGUCACAUUGGUGAGAAUUCAUCAGUAUUGAUAGCAUUAACUCAUUUGGAAACUAUAAUUUUAUCCUACCAUAUAGAACACCUUAAUCUUUAGAAACUGCCCACUACCUCUGGAAAGCCUCAUUUCAGACUGCAUUAAUUUGUGAGGUUUAUGUGGAGGCAAUGAGAAUGUAAGACCCAGGAUGCUUUGCUUUCAGCUUCUUGAAUACAAGCUGAUACGAAGCUAUUUCACAAGUUCUUUUGAAAUCCCUUGUGGUUAGUGCUUACAAAUUGUAGGCCAAUAUGCUUCCAGAAUUUCUCACAACCCUUUCAGCACAUAUUCUCAAUCUGAGUGUCAGUCAGGAUUCAGACACAAGUGUGCCACUGUAUGCUGUAGAAGCAGAACAGAAGAGGGAAGUAAAAAAAAAAAAGAACAGAGGCAGGAAAAUAUGAGCUCCAGCUUUGAUAAUUGUUGAGAACAUUCUACCUGUAUUCAAUUUCGAUAUUGUUCUCUAUGGUAGACAAAAAUUCUGGACAGGGGCUUUGCUGUUGUUCUCAUUAGCAGUGUCAGCCCCAAACUUUAAAACAACAUAAGCUGGCUUAUAGAGAAGCCCCUGUUCUACAUGUUUACUGUUUAAGUUUCAAUUUGAUAGCAUGAUGCUCGUCAAGGAGCAGAGCGUCGCUACAGGCACACCCUCCAGCAGGUUGGGCUAAGUGAAGAAUUUGUAAGGAAAAAAGGGAAAGAUGCUGCUGGCUUUCUGGAAGAAGAAUCUGACAUUCACAGGUAAUAAUGCAACAGAGCUUUUGUGUCUUUGACUGGAAAUAUUUUCAUUUUUCAUAAAGUAAUUCUGGUUUGUACUAGGUAAUAUAGGUAAAAUUAAAUCAACUCCACUCCUUUUUAAUUAAGCAUCAUGUUUUAUCUAUCUUAGUUUCUAUGACAGCUAGGCAGUCUCUGUAUUUCUUAUUUAUGGGGUAAACAGCACGUAAGUACUGCAAACCAUUUCCAGUAUUAGAUAAGCACUAUUUCUGCAGGUUGCCCAAGCUUCAGAGUGAAAAGGACGACUGUACUAUACAGGAAGGAGAACCUCAAGAAGAACAGAAGGGAAAAGAAAUGGCAACAUAAAAUUUAGCUGAAGAAUCCAUCAAUCAUCUCAUGAUUUUUAAUGUGUCCCCACGUUACUCCUCAGGAACUUUCUGUUUUAGGCUGACAAUAAUUGUUCUGGGCUAAGUGAGUUGUGAAAACUUAAUAAAGAAGAAAAAGACUGGCUGCUGUUUAGGUCACAGUUCGUCCAGUUCUGCAAACACCGCAGCCUCUUUUAGUCGGGUGUUGCUCAUGUGAGCCACUUCCCUUUCUUUAACAAAAACAAACAAACCAAGUUUAAAAGGUCGAAGCAUUAUCUCUGGAUAAAAGUAGAUAUAAAAGAUUGAAGAAAUACAUCCUCUAAUGUCAGCUGCUUAUGUUCACGUCAGGGAAGCACACAGAAAGGGGAAAGUUCUCUCAAUGUGCCAGACAUUAGUUUGUAGAUAUAUGUGGUUGAAUGACUUUAAGCAAAGUUUCUACACAAAAUAGCAUGACUUGACCUACCUUGGAAGAAGUUUCACGAGGAGGUUCUUUUCUGGCCUGUUAACUCUUUGUUCACUCAUUACCAGCUCUACUUCUUCCUCUCAUUAGGAAAAAGCAAUAGUCUUUCUAUAUUAAAAUUUCUCACGUAAAUCCAUUAUUUGAAACUCAGUUUUAAUUUCUUACCAAUUCAGGUCAUUAAUUUGGUCUGAAAAACAACCAAAAUUAUUAAGGUUAUAAUUAAGCAAUGCAGAACUUUGGAUUGCUAUUGUCCUAAUUCUACUAUUACUGUGAUAUCAAAGAUGGACUUCGGUGGAAGCAAGAUUAGGUAUUACCUGUCAAUGUGUUGUACUCAAGUGCCUGGGGCAUCUUAAAUGGUAUAGUUCACACACUGGUCAUCUUCCUUUACUUGAUAGUAAUAAGCAUCUCAAAAAUAUAAAUGCUUACCACCUGUUUUCUGACGGCUGUGAUGUCAAAACACUUUGAGAUUAAAAGAUUUUACAAUGGC